AUGAUCCGCUUGCUUCGCCUGCUCCCCCAUGAAAGCAGGAACGCAGCUAUUCAAUGCCAGCUCUUUAACUAUACUCUACAGGACUCGGGCAGACGAACGCAUCCUUAUGAGGCUUUAUCCUACGUCUGGGGUGACCUGGUCAAUCUUGAGUCUAUCUCCAUCGGUGGAUAUGAACUACCUGUGACGCAAAAUCUAUACAAGGCGCUAUCACAUCUACGACAUCGCUCUAUUGACCGAAUAUUAUGGGUAGAUGCUGUUUGUAUCAAUCAAUAUGAUACAAUGGAGAAAGAGCGGCAGAUUCGAUUUAUGGCGAAAAUAUAUGCUCAAGCAAGCUGUGUCGUUGUUUGGCUUGGAGAGUGCGCAGACAAUAGCGACCAAGCGCUCGAAGAGAUACGUGUUGCUGCAGGGGGCAAAAAGUCUUCCAAUCAGUCAAAUCUCACAAUGAUCCACAAAGCAGUUUCUUCACUUCUUCAACGCCCGUGGUUUCGGCGCAUCUGGGUCCUCCAGGAAGUUGCUGCCGCUCGACAUGUACUUAUUACGUGUGGUUCUGCGGAAACUGACGGAUACGCCUUUUGCUCAGGCGUGAGUUUGCUGGAUUUUUACAAUAACGAUCUAGACUUACAAAGUCUGGUUCGUUCAGUGAUCUACCUGAUUAGGGAGGCAAUCUUCCGGCCUGGCUACGCAACGAGUGAGUCGGGCGAGCUGGUAGAUAUGUACCAUACCCGUGAGGCUACAAAGCUCCACGACAAGGUAUUUGCCUUACUUGGCAUGAGCUCUGAUGACCUUAGUAAAGCCAGCCUGUCAUCUCGCUACGAAGAUCCUUGGGGAAAACUCUUCCAGAAUCUUACUAAGUUCCUCCUCUGUGACAAGAUAUCUACAGAGACUUUCGGCGAUAAGCAGAUCACCCUAAUCAGGAGCAAGGGUUGUAUCCUUGGCAGAGUAUCUCUCGUACAGAGCGAUAUUACUCAGGGUGGUAGCCAGGGCGUAGAAAUCAUUUUCAACAGCAUAUCAAGGCAAAUGGGAUACAAGGAAGGAUCGAGUGCUCAUUGGACUCUCCACAGUUUGGCAAACUCUAUUCGGAAAGGCGAUUUUGUCUGCCUUCUUCAAGGAGCGUCAAAGCCUACGAUCGUCAGAUUACAUGAUGAUCAUUUUGAUAUUAUCAUGAUUGCAGCUACACCUCCAGAGGGAAUGCUCAAGCUUUCGCAAUCGAUGAAGCCCUUGUUUCGGAAUUUCUUGCUUAUUUGGGACUGGGAAAAGGCUUCAAGGGAGGGUCUGAAGACUUCUUGGGGAAAGCUACCAGAACAUGGAAGAUUGCAAUGA